AUGGAUGCAGAAAUCAAGAAAAAGACAUUCUCAUACCGUGUGGUACUCACGCAAAAUACCGGAUGGGAUGAUGUCUUUAUUGUUAUCUCCCUGGCCACUGCCAUUGUCUGCUCCUCCCUGGUCACAGUCGGCAUCCACUAUGGCCUGGGCAUGCAUCUGCUAGAAAUACUAGACCAAGAUGACCGAACGAUUGCGUUCAAGUACACCAUCAUUGCGCCAAACUUCUCCAUCAUGAACACCACAACAGGCAAGAUCUCGGUGGUUCUGUUUCUCCUCCGGUUGAUGGGUCAAGCGGCAACGAAGACGAAAAGAACCUUCCUUUACGUGUCGACCAUCAUGUCCAUUAUCGUUAACGUCAUGUACAUCGUUGUCCUGAUGGGAUUGUGCAUUCCUGCUGAGAAGAUCUGGAAUUCUUCCACGCCGGGACACUGCAUGAGUUUGAUGACACAGUUGGCCAUUGGGCUACUUCAGGCUUGUGAGAUACCUUCAUUCCUAUACCCGUAUGAGACGUCUGCUAAUUACUGUUGAAUAACUUACAAUGCUUUUACGGAUCUGACCUUGGCAAUCUUUCCGGUCUUCAUCUUCUCGAACGUUCAGCUACCGGUCAGGGCAAAUCUCACCAUCAUAGGUGUUAUGGGAGCUGGUGUAAGUACUUACGAAAAAAGCAGCAGCGACUUUGACCACCAAGUGUAUUCAGCUGAAGCAGCUUCCGGAAGGAAUGCCAUGAGUAUUUGUAUUUAUUAUUAUCCGAUAUAAUUAGAC